UUUUUUUUUUUUUUAUAAAGUAAUCAAUUUACAUGGCGACUAGACCUUAUUUUACUUUUUAUUAAAAACCAUUAUAUCGAAAAUAAAAGAGUAGCACAACACUACAAACAAGACUGAAACUUAUCUUAGUCCUUAAAUAACUUUCUGACUACAAAAGCCAUACCGAGUUUGAACAUUACCACCUUUCACUUCUUUUCUGUUCAUUUCGACAAAGAAAAAAAAAAAACCUUAUUUUGUAUAUAUCAUCAAUGAACUCGACUUUAAAUUAUACCAAUGCUACUGAGCUUCUCGAACAAGGAAAAGAUAAGGAUGCAUAUGCGGCCUUUCUUUCUGUCGUUGAACUUUCGACUCAACAACUUCACGGGGUCAAGUUUGUACAUCAAACCAUUAUAUCUAAACCAAGUCAAUAUGAGGAUUCCAUGGCGUUACUUCGUUCUUGCCUUGAUCAAUUAGAAAAAAUAGCUAUCCAAAAAUUGCCUGGCGCAAUUCAGUCUACUACGAAAACCAAAUCUCCGCCUCCUGUUCCACCAAAACCUUCUCUUAUUCACCAAAAGCCGACAAUUCCACCUAGGCCGAAAAAGGUCAUUACACCAAAUGAUAUCAAUGUGAGUAAAAGAUCAAGAGGAAACUCUGUUAGUUUUGCUGGUGUACAACAAAACACAAUUAUUGAGAAUGAUGAAUUGCCAGAAACUAUAAAUAAAACAGAUGAAACAGGAACAGUCAUGAUAGAAGAAGAUGAUGACGAUGAUGACGAUGUAGUAAUAGAAUUUGAAAACACUAAAUCACCAAAGAGACCAUCUACCAUAAAUAACACGGUUCCGCCGGCAUUACCAGCGAGAACAACGAGAGGAAGAAGUAAAUCCUGGGUAGUCUCCAGUAACUCGACAUCUAAAAGAAAUUCAAUCGAUGUCUUGUUGGAAACUGUUGUUGACCCAUCAAAUCUUGUGCCUGCGCAAACAAACACAGGAGACAGUUUAGCGAUACCAAACACAUCUCAAACAACAGAUUAUGUUCCAAAUAUUCCUGCACCACCGCUAUUGGCUACUCAUCGUAGACUACAUCAACGUUUAAAUGAACUUGAAACGGAUUUGGAGAACUGCAAAGAAGCUGAAGGGUUUCUAAGAUCAGAAAGAAAUCAUAAAGUAGUAUGUGCAAGACAGACUUUGGAAAAAGUGCGUACGUUAUAUAUGAGUGCAAUGACUAUCCCGGAUAUAUUACAAUUCCCACCACAUUUAACUGCUUAUCAGUUAACUAUCAUCGAAUCUUCGAUUUUUCGGGUUAUACCUCGCCAAGCAUUAUUGUCUCACUCUGGUCGCACUCCUCACCGAAAAAUAGUUGCGUCAACUGAUUUUUUUAAUUUCAUGACAAGAUCCAUUGAACAUUCGAUUUUAUUACCCCAAGAAGCAUCAAAGAGAGCCGAAAUUAUUCACAGGUGGAUCAAAAUCGCAACCAAAUUAUUAUCUCUUAACAAUUACCAAACUUUAAAGGCCGUUAUUUCAGCUUUAGGUACUCCUCCUGUACAAAGACUAAAAAGGACUUGGGAAUGUAUACCCAAGAAGAGAAUGGCAAGCCUCGAGCUGCUUUCGACCUUGAUGUCGGAAACAGACAACUACCAAAGAUAUCGCGAACAUGUUGGUUUAGAAAAGAACAGGCUUUGGUCUAAACCUGUCGUGCCAUUUCUUGGUGUAUUUAUUCAUGAUAUAACCUAUAUUCAUGCUGCUUGUAAAGGAAAUAUUGAUGAUUCACGUAUACAAGAUGUCUUGAACAAUGUCCAGCUCUUCCAAAAAGCACCAGAAUAUCCCCAUAUACCUCCAGCUUCUUUCAAUACCACAAAAAAGCAUUUAUUCCGUUCCUCAUUACAUUUUGGUUCAUCUUCCACCAAAAAUACAAAUCGGGUCACAACAGCUGCUCUUAUGGGUGAAGAUCAGAGGCAAGAAACUGAAACUGAAUUAGAGCAACAGUUGAUUGUGCAGUAUAUUCUCAUGAGAUCUUGGGUCAGCGAAAAAACUAUCGACGCUCUCAGUAAUUUACGUGAACCAUCAAAACCAAGACCUACAUCUCCUCCUAUAACAACGUCAGGCAGUUUUACCAGCCCAACCCGACCAAGUAGUAACGUAUUUAGCAUCAGUCCAAGUGUCAGUACAUCCACCAAUGCACCCCUGUCUCUCAUGACAAACUCAUCUAUCUUAUCAAAUAACGGACCUGCACUGAGUAGCACUAGUUCAUUUAUGAGAUUCAAUUCACUUACCAGCACCUCAAUCGAUGCACAUACAGAACCUCAUAUCACAUCCGAAGAAACCAAGAAGUCCCUGACUGGUUUCUGGCCAUUCAGAAAGAGCACCGACAUCAGUCGUAACAUAACGGAUUCAUCAUUGUUUGUACCUCAAGAGCAAAACUGGAGUGAGGAUGAAGACGAUGAAGAUGAUGAGAGCGAUAUUUCUAAUAAGCACGGGCAUGUUGUGUUUAGAGAAAAAUCAACUAUCGGAGCAACAAGAGGCCAUAACAGGUCCAUUUCACUGCCUGUUAAAUCCAUUUUGGUAUCAGACACGUAUAAAUAGGCGUUGUUUGUCUUUUGGUAAACUACAGUAAAGUUCUUAUAAAGAUUUACAAUAAACUUUAGCCUUAACUAGUUAAA